AUGGCUUACCCUGAAGGAAUGGAGACAUCACAUCUGAAUCGGAAACGAGGGGUGCAUCUCCUGUUGCGUUCCGGGGGUAGUGCGGGUGCUGGCAACCCCGGAUCCACCUUCGUGGUCACCAAGCCGACAGUCAUGAAGCCCGUUGGCAACUCCUUGGUGCUUUCGCCGAAGGAACCACCCCCGGACACCAUCCUGCUCAGCCCACAGCAAAUGACAGAUCGUGGUAUUGGUGUGAUGCGGGAUCAGCAGCAGGAAAAGCUUGCAAACAACAACAACAACAAUAACAUUGAUGAUUAUGAAGAAGAGGAACAGCAGAAAAAACAUCACAUGCAGCAAUUGGAGGAGAGGGAGGAGGAGAUGGAUGAGUGUGCUGCUGCAAUGGUGCUCAUGAGACUGUCCUGCAGUCCAAGGAGUCCUGGAUGGGUGACAAACUCAAGGGAGUUGGAAGGAAGUUCCUGGUCAGACAGACUAUCACCAAGUUCAACAGCCAGCAGCAGUGGCAUUGCCUCAUACCCAGAUGGCACCCCCUCGCCUCCCUUGCCAAAGGAAUACAGUCCAGCAGAACUGGAUGAUGACUUUGAAGAUAGUCCAAAAAAUUCAGAAGACCACUAA